CACACACACGCACGCACAGGGUUUUCACACGCACUCAGCCCAGUGCAAGCCUCACACGGCUCAACCCUCACAGAUCCCGCCUUGAUCUAGAGAGUAGGAGCCAUUUGAAUUCUGUCCCUUUCAAGAGGUUGAUUUGGAUGUGAAUUCUCUACGAAAUUAUUCUGAGCAAGGAAUACUGUAGCCCAUACUCAUCGGUGCUCACCCAAAAAAAGGUAUAGCAAUAGACUGAAGACUGAACCACAAUGGCCUGUGCCAGUACUUCCAUGGGUGACAUCAUUCAACAAGAGGAAGAGGAGACUGGGACAGGCGAACCAUUGCUUUGGCAGUACUGUGCCAGUGAGCUGGUACCUGCAAAGAAACUCCCCCUGCAAAACCUGCUUCAGAAACAGCCAAUGGCCUUGGGGGCUGUCCAAAUGGUGGCUGGGAUCACAAGUUUUGGACUUGGCGUUACCCUGGCGGCAACGUCAACACUUUCUCUGGCUGUCCUAUUCCGAGUUCCAAUCUUUACAGGUCUUCUGUUUUUCAUCUGCGGAUUGUUGUGUUUCCUACUACACAGAUUUACCAGACUGGUGCCCAUUUGCUUUGCGGUAAACAUCGGAUGUUUGAGCGUCGCAGGAGUUGGAAUCGUUCUAUUGACCAUUGACUUGUCUUCAGAGGACAUCACUUCGUAUGGUAGGCCUAAGCCUGGAGCGAUAAAGGUUCUCAUCCUGUGUGUGACAGUGCUGAACACAUUUAUUUCUGCUUUACUUGUGUUCUGGCUGAAUUGUGAAAUGCGCAGCAUGCACAAAAGCAAGGAAAUGACCCACAACUGCUGAAAACGAAAAUAAACAUCCAGAAUGAGUUUCAACAAUGCAAUAUCUUUGUGUUCCUUAAGGAAAUUUAAUUAAGAGCUUGUGCCAUGAGCCAUGCUCUAUAUAUUGCUAAAUGAAUUCCAACAAAGAAAAAAACUGCUUGAGAUAAUGUAUGCAAUGUAGAGUAUUUUCCAGUAACUGCUGUUUCUAGUACAUUUUCUGUUCAAACAUGUUCUCAUUCAAAGGAUUUUAUUGUUGCUUUAAUAGUUAUGUUUAUUUUAUUCUCUCUUCAAAACUAUAUUUGAAAUUGGAAUUCCAUUUCUUAAAGCCAUGGACUAGGGUUCAGUUGUAUGUGUUGUAUACAUUUUGUUUACCUAUAUGCAGCUUUUAAUUGAAUUGUUCUGAAACAAUAUGCUGUGUUCACUAUACUCAGUAUUUCAAUAUUAGUGAGAUUGUCUUAUUGUCAAUAUCGAUAUGAGCUCCAUAUUAAAAAAUAUCAAUAAAUCGUAAUUCGCUGGA